GGUCAAGGCCGUUUGAAAUACUCCAUUUUAGUGAGGAAAGGGCUCUAGAAGUAACGGUAGUCCAUUCAAAAACAGCAAGCUCAGAAAACAAAAAUGUUUCCGUGUGUCGGUGCUGAGGGUACAGAGGAUGGGCAGGAACCACUAUCAGAGGGAGCUGCAGUUGAAGAACCAUUGCUUGGUCUACUUGACGUGCUAAUCAUUGGUCUGAUAGCAUGUGGACUGUUAUACUGGUUUGUCUUUCGGAAAAAGAAAGAACCAGAGACAGUAAAACAAUUGAAAAUAAACAAUUUACCAUCGAUGGGACGCUCCAAUGACCCAAGUUUCAUUAACAAAAUGAAAAAUUCCAACCGUAAUGUGGUUGUAUUUUAUGGCUCGCAGACAGGCACUGCGGAGGAGUUUGCUGGCAGACUCGCCAAAGAUGCUCUUAGAUAUGGUAUGAAAGGUAUGGUAGCCGAUCCAGAAGAAUGUGAAAUGGAAGAACUUUCAUCUCUCGCAACUAUUGAAAAUUCACUCGCCAUUUUCUGCCUUGCAACAUAUGGCGAAGGAGACCCAACAGAUAACUCUCAGGAGUUCUAUGAUUGGCUACAAACAGGUGACGCAGAUCUUAGUGGCGUCAAAUAUGCUAUAUUCGGACUUGGGAAUAAAACAUAUGAGCACUAUAAUGCUAUGGGUAUAUAUGUGGACAAACGUUUAGAGGAGCUUGGUGGGACACGGGUCUAUGAAUGUGGGCUAGGGGAUGAUGAUGCAAACAUAGAGGAGGAUUUCGUUACAUGGAGGGAAAAAUUUUGGCCUGCUGUAUGUGAACAGUAUGGGGUAGAAUCUGUUGGGGAGGAUAUAUCUAUGCGUCAAUACAGCCUCACUAUACAUGAUGAAAUUGAAAAAGAGAAAGUGUUUUCUGGGGAAACAGCACGUCUUGGGUCCUUUAGAACACAGAAACCACCUUACGACACCAAGAAUCCAUACCUAGCCCCAGUUCAGGUGAACAGAGAGCUCCAUAAGGGAGGAGAUAGGAGCUGUAUGCAUAUAGAGUUUGACAUAACCGGGUCCAGACUUCGCUACGAGGCAGGCGACCAUGUCGCAGUGUUUCCAAUCAAUGACCCAGAAAUCGUUGAAAAUAUUGGAAAACAACUGGGAGUUGAUCUCGAUCAAGUGAUGACUUUAACCAAUGUUGAUGAGGAAGCAAGUAAGAAGCAUCCUUUCCCAUGUCCGACUAGCUACCGUACGGCUCUCUCACAUUACCUGGACAUCACACACCAUCCAAGGACACACGUCCUUAAGGAACUGGCUGAUUACGCAAAUGAAAAAGACAGUGCAUUUUUAAAGAAAAUGGCAACUGCAUCUGAUGAAGGGAAAGAGUUAUACUUGUCUUGGAUCGUAGCGGAUGGCCGCACGAUACUACACGUCCUUGAAGAUCUGCCUUCACUGAAGCCACCUAUUGAUCAUUUAUGUGAACUGUUGCCACGGUUACAGGCUAGAUACUAUUCCAUCUCAUCAUCCCCCAAAGCUUAUCCCAACAGCAUACACAUCACUGCAGUCCUUAUAGAAUGGUCCACAAAAACAGGACGUGUUCGCAAGGGGGUGGCCACGAACUGGCUCAAAUUGAAACAACCGACCAACGGAAUUAAGCCAACCGUGCCAAUCUUUGUACGCAAGUCUCAGUUCCGUCUACCAUUUAAGCCAUCUGUCCCAGUAAUGAUGAUUGGGCCAGGAACAGGGUUUGCACCAUUUAGAGGCUUUAUACAAGAUAGGAAUGCAGCGAGGGAACAAGGUAAACCUAUUGGCGAGACUGUCUUGUACUUUGGCUGCAGGAACAAAUCUGAAGACUACAUCUACGAAGAUGAGAUCACAAAUUAUAAAGAAAACGGCACUUUAUCUAAAGUCUAUGAGGCAUUCUCAAGAGACCAAGAGAAGAAGAUUUAUGUGCAAAAUGUGUUGGCACAGAACCAAGAGGAAGUAUGGAAGCUGUUAGAGUCUGGCGCUCAUAUAUAUGUCUGCGGAGAUGCCCGCAAUAUGGCGCCUGACGUCCAGCGUGUGAUCCACGAUAUCAUAGAGACCCAGGGCAACAUGGAUAAAGACAAAGCCUCCCAGUACAUCAAGAAAUUACAAAAUAAGGGUCGAUACUCAUGUGACGUCUGGAGUUAAUGUCAUCUACAAUUAGGAAUAGUGUUAUCGUGGACGUAGCCAGGCACAAUGCUAGCGAGGCAUCUUUAUGUCCAAAAAUUUACAAGAAAAAUGAAUUCAUGUGAUAUUAUUAAUUGAAAUCCUAUGUUAGUAUUAUUUCCCCUUUCACUCUAAUUUGUGACAUUUUGCCUCACUAAUAGUCAUUUGCCUCACCAAUUUUGAGAUGCUGGCUACUCCUUAUACUGAACUUUAUAACGAAUUAGAGAUAUGUUCCAACUCACUGCAAAGAGUAAUUUUUGAAAUAUUAAAUGUAAAAAUGUCAGAAGUGGAUAAACAGUGCUCGUUUUAGGAGGUAAUUCCUUGACUUGGGUAUGUCUCUUAUUCCAUAGUUUCUUAUUCAUGAUAAUCUUUUACAAUUAUCAACCUGGAUCAUUAUGAGCUGAUUAGUUCAGUUUAUAAUUUAAUUCACAGUUGUAUCAUAUCAGUAGCUUAUUAACAGCAGGAAACAGGGGAAAGAAUGCAGUGUAUUUUUCCCAAAAUUGCCCUUUCAAUAAUUUUCAUAUUAAUUUUCAAAUUUCCACUUAUUUUGCCAAUUGUUUUUCAUCACUUUAACUGUUGUUAGUAUCCACUUGAAUGUAGAUAUAUUGUAUAUUGUUAAAAUUAGCAGUGGAAGUCAUUUGGCUAUGUAGAACUGAAGAA